AUGGAAACUCAUCAUUCAACAUAUUUAAAAAGAACAACAAUACCUUUAAUAGAAACUAAUAGUUGUAGUAUUAGACCAAAUGAUUUAAGAAAAAAUAUUUCAAAAUCUCCAAAAAUUGAAUUAAUUAAUAAUUUAAAUGAGGAGGAAAUUAAUAAUAAUUCUGAAGAAAGUCCAACAAGUAUUUUAAAUCAUUUCGAACUUGCCCAAUUAUUUGCUACAUUAACUUCAGCUACAGCUUCGAUUCAAGAAAGUUCUGAUGAAUUUGAGGAAGGAAAUAAUGAUAAUAAUAAAGUGAAAGAUGAAAAAGAUUUAAUUGAAGAAAAUAAAAAUAAUAUAAAAAAUACAGAAAAUAUAUUAUUUACAAAUUAA